UCUUGACUCGCCGAAGUUGUUAGGCUUGUAGCAACGUGCAAUCUUUAACUCACUCAAAUGCCGCAAAUCCGGGACCCACAUCUCCCACUUUGUGCGUGCUGUAUCCGGAAGCUUCUCGCCCCAUCCAACACCGUCUCUACAUAGCUGUUGUAGGAUUUGUUUUCCCUUGAGGUUGAAUGGUGCAAGCACUCCUAGAGGAGUGCUUGCACUCCUAUAGAGUUAACAAUGUUAACAGAGUUAACAAUGGAUAGGACGGAUAGUCUUGUCAAGGGCUUGUCUGUAAGCUCGACGCGUAACUGUAGUUUGUCUGAUUCUACACACCAUUGUACAUUUUAACAAAAGCUGGUUUUGGUAUGAAUCUUAUGAUUUUGAUUUAUCUGAAUAGUCAUUCUCCAUGCAUUCAGUAGCUGCUCUGAAAUCUUGAGUGUUGCUUUCUUUUACAGGCGCUCAUCUUCACUUAGAGAGGCGGCAGUAAAGUGAGAGAGUUCCUGGUAUGUCUUUCUGUAAGCCUUCGGGACCUCGACCUGGAUGUGAGCAAGGUCACAACUUCUUCUGCAAACCAGUUUGAGGGACAAGGACCAGAACAUCUGCGAAACUCUUUGAGAAACUUUCUUUGCACUUGGCAUCAAAUUUCUGAUAGAUUUCUGUGCCAAUUUCUUUGAGUAUCUUGUUGUUUGGAGUAAGUGGAAUAAUGUUUUGUUCUUGGAAAUAGUAGUUAACUUGAGUAGAGAUUCAUUUGUUUGGCUUGAAACAUACUUGAAAAGGAAGUCUCUACAACAGAUACAAUGCCCCAGGUGAUUGCUUUCACCUCUCUUGCCUCAGUUUAAGAAUAUGUAUAUGUUUUGCGAUUUAUCGUGCAACUAAAACAAAAAUGACUAUUUGAUAAGUCUAAAAUUCAAACAACAUAAUGUAUCAUUUAUUUAUUUAUUUAUUUUAUCCUGGAGCUCUUUUGUCUCUAUUACUCCACCCACCCAAAAAGAGGUGAACUAAAAUACAAUCAGAUUUAAAUUUAUAUCAUUUUUUUAAAGUUUUUUCUCCUUGCUCACCGGCAAAGCAACUGGAGAGGUGGGGAAAUCCUUCUCCCGCGCAAGCUACAGGGUAACAAGUCUAGGUACUUGGUAAAGUUACUGGUCAGCCCUGAAAAGGACUUUGCCCUUAUUUAUAGGCUGAGUGCUUAGGGUGACUACUCCCCACGGCUCUGGUCACCUAAUUCCUGUAUAACUACCUUCACGUGGUGCACCUGUCUUAGACAAAAUGUUAUACCAGGGACCGAACCAGGGACGGUAUAUUCCCUUCUGGGCAGAUGGAGCCUGUUAGCCUUGGUAGGCAAUCCAUCUAGGGAUUUGCUCACCCGAGUCACAGAAAAGACUGCUAUGGCGGAUCAGGCAGAAGAUGCCCACUUUGGGUUAAAUGGCUGAGAAGGCGUUGCAGCAAGGCACCGUGGAAUGCUUAGGGCGUGACAGAGCACUAAAGACGUCACGGCCAUCACACUGCGGCCAAGGAGGUCACCAGCCGUGACGACUCUUCGUACCACUGGAUUCUGGCUUCUGCGGCAGAGAGAGUGGGAUUGCCCCUGUGCAACGGCUUUUCCACUAUAAUAUCUUUCUCGCACAGGUUUCGUUGUACUUUCAUCUUAUUAUCUUUCUUCAUCUUACUUCUUCAAUAAGCCCUACGGCGAUGGGGGAUUGGCGAAAGCAACAGGUGGAGGUGAACACUGGGAGUUGUAGUCAAAAACCUGCACGUAGGCGGCCAUGGACAGAUGGUCGCUCUUUUUCUGUACCCAGGGCAGCAGACAAGUUCGGCAGCAUCCAUGGCGACUGAGCAGCCCUCUUCAGGACAGCACUGCUCACCCUAGUGAGGGAGGGACCUAGAAAAGGUGGUCUAAACAUUGCCUGCCCUACUGCAUCUGGCCAGCAAGCCGCGGCUGGCAGAUCAUCCAUCUAUGCGGUCGAAGCGAUAGAAGAAAAAAUAAACUACUCUUAGGAGCAUGGAAUGUCCGUACCCUUAUGGACAGAGGAAUCAUAAGACCCCAAAGGAGAACAGCUCUAGUUGCCAAAGAACUAGCACGCUACAACAUCGACAUCGCAGCUUUGAGCGAGACCCGCCUCGCCGAUGAAGGUUCUCUUACAGAACAGACCAGCGGUUACACUUUCUUUUGGAAAGGGAAGGCCGCACACGAAGACAGGAUCCACGGGGUUGGACUGGCUAUUAGGACAAGUCUACUGAAAGAACUUCCAGACUUACCUACAGGUGUCAACGAAAGGCUGAUGAAGUUACGUCUACCUCUCUGUUACAAGCGCUAUGCAACAAUCAUCAGCGCAUAUGCUCCCACCCUCACGAGCCCAGAGGAGACAAUCGAGCAGUUUUAUGACGACCUCAGUUCCAUCCUGAGCUCUGUUCCCGCCGGUGAUAAGAUCAUCCUGCUCGGAGACUUAAACGCCCGAGUUGGUCGGGACUACGAACGAUGGGAUGGAGUGCUAGGAAGACACGGCGUUGGCAAGAUGAAUAACAACGGCCUCCUACUGUUAAGCAAGUGUGCGGAGUACGAUCUGGUCAUCACCAACACUGUGUUCAGAAUGGCAGACAAGUUCAAGACGACCUGGAUGCAUCCAAGAUCAAAACAGUGGCAUCUCAUAGACUUUGUUAUCGUCCGCCAGCGUGACAUCCAGGAUGUCCACGUCACCAGAGCCAUGCGAGGAGCGGAAUGCUGGACAGAUCACCGCCUAGUCCGCUGCACUCUGAAACUUCACAUUGCGCCACGUCACCCAAAGCGUCCAAAGCUUGUGCGCACGCCCUUCAACACAGCCAGACUCCAACAGCCUUCCUACCUACAGAAGUUCCAGAACAGCCUGAAUGAGAAGCUGACUGCAAACGGGCCUUUGUCUGGAGAUCCAAAGGAGAAGUGGAACCAGUUCAGAGAUGUAGUCACCGAGACAGCAAAGACAGCUCUUGGCCCAAAGACGCGGAAACACCAGGAUUGGUUCGACGAGAACAACGAAGCAAUUGAAAAUCUACUUGCCAGAAAGAACAAGGCAUUCAUGGAAUGGCAAAACGAUCCGAGCUCCGCUGCAAAGAAAGACAGAUUUAAGUCCUUACAGUACUUGGCUCAGCAGGAAAUAAGAACGAUGCGUGACCAGUGGUGGGAGAAGAAGGCCGAAGAGAUUCAAGGCUUUGCAGACUCUAACAACUCGAAACAUUUCUUUAGCUCCUUCAAAACAGUCUACGGUCCAUCGAAAUCUGGUUCCGCUCCCUUGCUGUCAGCAGACGGAGCCACGCUCAUCAAGGACAAAACUGCAAUCAACAUGAGGUGGAGGGAACACUUUAGUCAACUUCUCAAUCGCCCGUCGUCAGUAGACCAGUCUGCACUUGACCAAAUCCCUCAACAGCUACUAAUCGAGGAACUCAGCGAUCCCCCAUCCAUGGAGGAACUCACGAAGGCCAUCAAGCAAAUGUCAUCUGGGAAAGCUGCAGGCAAGGACGGUAUACCAGCGGAGGUAUACAAGGCCCUUAGCGAUGAGGCCCUGCACACUUUUCACAGCGUCCUGAUCAGCAUCUGGGACGAGGAAGUAAUGCCUGCCGACCUACGUGAUGCAUAAAUAGUCGCCCUGUACAAGAACAAAGGCACUCGCACAGUGUGCGAAAAUCACAGGGGUAUAUCCCUUCUCACAAUCGCCGGAAAAAUCCUCGCCCGCAUCAUGCUGAACAGGCUGAUUCCAUCCGUUGCAGAGAAAAACCUCCCUGAGUCACAGUGCGGCUUCCGCCCUGGUAGAUGCACAGUUGACAUGGUAUUUACAGUAAGACAGAUCCAGGAGAAGUGCCUUGAGCAGAAUAUGAACCUCUACGCAGUCUUCAUCGACCUCACCAAAGCUUUCGACACCGUCAACCGCGAAGCAUUGUGGAUUAUCCUCAGUAAGCUUGGAUGCCCUGCAAAGUUUACAACCUUGAUUAGGCUGUUCCACGACGACAUGACAGGUGAAGUCCUGUCCGAUGGUGAGCCCUCUGAGAGCUUCAGUAUCUCCAACGGUGUGAAACAAGCCUGUGUGCUUGCUCCAGUGUUGUUCAAUCUCUUCUUCACCCAGGUACUGCUUCACGCUGUGCGAGACCUUGACCUUGGUGUCUACAUCAGGUACCGGCUGGACGGCUCACUGUUUGACCUGCGACGUCUUACGGCCAAGACAAAGACCAUGGAAAGGCUUAUACUUGAUGCCCUGUUCGCCGACGACUGCGCGCUGAUGGCUCACCAGGAGAAUCAUCUACAGACUAUCGUGGACAAGUUCUCUGAAGCAUCAAAGUUGUUCGGUCUGAAAAUCAGUCUUAGUAAGACGGAAGUUCUCCUUCAACCCGCACCAGACAGUACCCCCCAGCAGCCAUGCAUAACCAUCGAUGGCACACAGCUGAAGAAUGUCGACUCAUUCGUGUACCUGGGCAGCACCAUCUCCAACGACAACACACUGGACAAAGAGAUUGCGGCCAGGAUCCAGAAAGCGAGCCAUGCAUUGGGAAAACUCCGUACCAAAGUCUUACAACAUCAGGACAUUCGCCUGUCAACAAAGCUGAAGGUUUAUAAUGCUAUCGUCCUCCCGUCACUACUAUACGGCUGCGAGACUUGGACCCUUUACUGUUGACAUAUCAAGAAGCUGGAGCGAUUCCACACACGCUCUCUGCGGGCAAUCAUGCGCAUACGCUGGCAGGACCGCAUUACAAACCUCGAAGUCCUAGACAGAGCUGACACCACAAGCAUUGAAGCCAAGAUACUCCAAGCCCAGCUUCGUUGGUAUGGCCACGUCAUUCGCAUGGAGGAGUCAAGAAUUCCACGGCAGGUGCUUUACAGUGAGCUAGCGUCUGGUUACCGCAAGAAGGGUCGCCCAAAGAAGAGGUACAAAGACAACCUCAAAUCCAACCUCAAAUGGACAAGUCUCCUACCUCGACAGCUCGAGGCGGCGGCGUCCAAUAGAACUUGCUGGCGUGCCCUCACAAGUAAUGCGGUGCAGUCCUUUGAGGGUGACCGUCGUAGUCGCCUUACGGCUGCACGUCACCGGCGUCACCGAGCUGCUUCUGCCUCUGUCCCGACAACUGGCGUCCCAUGCCCCAUCUGCAACCGCAUCUGUGCAUCGGACUUUGGUCUGCGUAGCCACAUGCGUGUCCACAAAUAAGAUGAGAUUCAACGUAUCGUCUUCCUCGGCUCGAGAGACAACCAUGAUGAUAGGCUAGGCCCAGGUAGGCUGGAAAUUUCCUUUCAAUGGACAAGCUACAACUUCCCCUUACAUAACUGUGAUCUGUAAAGAUCACCAGUUUAAUCCCCCUUCAGAAACUGAUUGGGGGUGGGCUCAAUAAAAGUACACAGGGUGAUUGUCGUAUCUUUCAGGGUAUGAAUUUGUACCAUAUGCAACUCUUCAAAAGGUGCUAAAAAAUUCUUUCGGUUCUACUAUCCUUUAGGGGGUAUUAAGCUAAUGGAUCAUCCCAUCCAAUAACAAC